AUUUCUACUCACUGGUUGACAGUAGAUAUUUGUUUUUAUUUUGAAUGGAUUUGAAGAAUGUUGACAUGCUGACUACAGCGUAAAGUUUCUUAUUUCAUAUGCAAAGCGAUCAUCUGUGAUCUACAACAUAAUACAAACAGAAUAAAAAUGCUACCACUGUGUCGAUUGUGCUUGCAUGUAUCGACAGACGCUCACGAAUUGUUUGAAGCACGUAUUGGCGAAAGGCUGUUGAUUGAAUUGAUAUUGACUACUUUCGGUAUCCAGCUCGAUGAAUGUGACAGUCUACCGAAUAAUGUUUGCGGUCACUGUUUGAAAAGUGUGGAACAUCUUAACAGUUUCCAUGAAGCGAUAAUCAAUAGUCAGGCACAAUUAAAUCUUUGGAAGGAAAGUGGCACAUUAGAUGUCAUCUUACUCGGUGGACAUUCUAUGGAGGCAUCUCCAGAUUGCAGUGAUUAUGUUUUGGCGCAGGAUAUGGAAAUCACCAGUGAAUGCACAGCAAGAGAAACAGAGCGACAACAAGCAUCAAGCGAGUUUAAUGAUGAGAAUGAAGCAGCAGAACAUGCGUCGGUUGAAAAAUCAGCGAUCAACGAAGACACGCAAUCUGUUGGUGGCAUGCAGGACGAAGGGAGUGACGCCAAAGACAAUGAACAUCAAUCUCAAUCAGCAGAUCAGGAUCGCACUAAUGAUACCGAGGUCCAUGAGCAAAAAGCAAAAUCAUACGUUUCUUCAUCUAUCCCAAACAAAUGUUACAUCUGCAAUGUUGUAUCCGAGAGCAGGAGUCUUUUCGAAGUUCAUCUGAUGAGCCACAUUGGCAUGUUGCCAUAUCAGUGUUCGCCAUGCAGUACAGCUUCCCACCCGAUAGUAUUGAGAACCGUUAAGUUGCUCAAUAGGCAUAUUGAAUCCCACGAGUUUCACAUCAAGUGUUCCCAUUGUCCUCAUCGGUUUCGAAACAAAGAAACGUAUAAUUAUCACAUGAGAUAUAAGCAUGCCAAGAUUAAGAGAGGCGGAAAGUGUAAACUUUGCGGGAAAGAAUUUCCAGAUUUACGUAAAUACAGGUAUCACAUGCGAGCCCAUAGAGACCUAACAGCAGAACGAUUCAAAUGUACGAAGUGUCAAAUUGCAUUUCCGAGGCUCCAAAAUUUGCAAAAACACGAAAUGACCCACACACAAGCAGCGUAUGUGUGUCCUUUCUGCAGGCAGAGUUUUAGUAGUGAAUCCAGUUUCGAUAAACACAAAAUGACUCACAUGCGACGGCUAAGUAAUGGGGAAUAUGCCUAUUAUUGUUCGAAAUGUAAAAUUUACUUCCCCAAAGAGGAGGAUUUGCUCAAACAUGGGCCACAUGAACUCGAUCCGAAAUAUGUCGAUAAAACGAAUUAUCUGUCCAAAACGUUGGAACGCUCCAGCAUUUAUCCCCGGAGUUGUGAAGAGAAUGAGUGUGCGUUCAUUGCUGAUACAAUAAAUGAAAUGGAGUCUCACCACAAGUACCAACAUAGCCAUAGAAGCAACGAGCGAAAAGCUUUACGGAACUGUACUAUUUGUCAAGCAACUUUUGUCUACACAUCAGAGCUCUAUGCACACAUAGAUCAGGAGCACUCCACCUUUAAACCACCUACGAUUCCCGACGAAGAUUCGAUAACGUUAGCGAUAUCGGGGUUAUCAACAGAUAUGAGUGGCCUCGUUAGCUAUGGUACAUCGAAUGAAUCAGAUGAAGGGCAGAAAGCCAAACCCAUACGUAUACUCAAGAAGUUCGUUUUGCCGAAAAGCCUUCAAAAUGCCAAAAGCUAUCCGCUAAGUUGCCUUGAAAAGGAUUGCAACUUUGUAGCAAAAUCAUACAAGAGAAUGAUUCCCCACUAUCAACGCCACUUCAAGAUGCACAAGUGUCAACAGUGUGAACAAAGGUUCCCAACCGCGUCUUACCUUAAGCUUCACAUAAAAUUGAAGCAUAUGGACCCGGGAAAGAAUACUUGUAAUACUUGUGGAAAAAAUUUCCCAGACAAAUAUAGUUUGAAAGAGCACAUGCCCGUACAUCAGAUUGUUCGACAAAGGUACAAAUGCGAAUUCUGUGACAAAACAUUCAAGAGUUCACCCUCUCGGUGGUGGCACACAAAAACAUACCAUAAACGUGAACAGAAUUCAAAGGUCGAAGCUCUCUCGGCAGUCGAUUCGACCAUGAAAAAUGAUGUGAACAGUGAAAUCGCCACCGAAGCACUUGAUAUUGAGGAAGGAUUGCUUGUCGAACCAUCAGAGAGUGCGUGGAAAGCUCUUCAUGCAGAUGAAGAUGGGGACAAAACAGCGGGAGCUGAAGAAAAAAUGUUAGCCUCGAGAGAUACUCCGAGUUAUGAACUGGAUCACUUGGAUCAAGAGAAACCCGAAAGCAACGCUUCGUUUGACACGAUAAUAGAUGAGAAGCAAGCGAAUUUGAGACAGCCGAAUGAUAAUCCAAAAUCGUCUGAGCCACAAGAAAAGAGUAAUGAAGAAUCCGAUAGUAAAGCAAAUCCAUCGGCAGACAGUUAUGAAGAAAGCGGUAUUGUGAGCUUCGAGGCAAAAAAUGAGCUAGAUAGGCUAUUUGAAGGCAAACCUGUCUGUGUUGCCAGGAAUUUUAUGCUUCCAAAAACUUUGAAAAAUAAAAGAAGCUAUCCGCGAAGCUGUCUGGAACCGGGCUGUGAAUACGUGGCAAAAACACGAAGAAGUAUGGCUGGUCACUAUCGACGCCACUACAAGCCAUACAAGUGCCAGCAAUGUGAGCGAAGGUUCCCAACGGCCACUAUGCUUAAGACGCAUAUAGCAUCGGGACACAUGAACUCAAAAAAGAACAUAUGCAAUAUUUGUGGAAAGCAUUUCUCAGAGAAAAGUCUUUUAUCGCAGCACAUGUUCACACAUCAAACAGUAAAAUUGCCUCGUUGUCAAUUUUGUGGCAAAUCUUUUAACUAUUUAUCCGCCUGGAGGAGACACAUAAAUCUGUUCCAUAACAAGAGACAGCAAAAUAUGGAGCGAUCCGAAAACGAUCCAAAAGAAAAUAAUUCAUGUUAUGAGGUUACCGCAGAAUCCGUCACAGAGAAAUCUCUAGAUUCAGUGGAUAUAAAGAUAGAGACACUCGAUGAGGAAUUGAUGACCGAUGAACAUCCGGAGAACACAACAGAGGCUGCUCUGUCGGACGUUCGUGAAAACAACGUCGACAAUCAUGAAACCAGUCUUUCCGUUGCGGAUGAAUCAGUUUUUUCUGAGAACACAAUCGAAAAUGGCGAAGCAAAUCUGCCCGUGGCGCUAAAUACUUCGGAGCCCGAAUCAGCCGCUCGAGGGAUAACAGUUGGGAGCAAUGAAAUCAGCGUUUCAGCGAUACAUGCAAUUGAAGCGCUGUGCAUCGUCUUGGAGUAUAAUUUUCCAGCGCACUUACGCGAAAGCCAAACGUAUCCACGACCAUGUGAGGAAUCUGACUGUGACUAUGUAGCCAAGAAUGCCAAACUGAUGCGAAUGCAUCAUCAGAAACAUUAUAAAGCCUUUCAGUGUCGCAAGUGCGACAGAUUGCAAUCGACGAUAGGCUCGCUCAGGAAUCACAUAGAAAGGGUGCAUUUGAAAACGCGAAAAUUCGAUCACUGCCAAUUUUGUGGCCAAUCAUUCAACUCCGUGUCCGGUUGGAGACAACACGUGAAGAAGUUUCAUGAGCAAGAGUUGGAGAAUUUGAAAAUUGCUGUACUGUUGGAAGACACCAAAGAACAUUUGGUCCAUAGCGGUGAUGACUCCGUGGACACAAUAUUGGAGGCCCUCGAUACUCAGGACACCCUGGAUAAAAUUGAAACGAUGUCCGUCUUCCUUGAAUACAAUUUCCCAAUGAGCCUACAACAAAUCGAAACGUAUCCACGAUCAUGUGAAGAGCCUGGCUGUACGCAUGCGGCCAAGAAUAUUAGACUAAUGAAGAUCCACUACCAGUAUCACUACAAACCGUUUCAAUGCCGUGAAUGCAGCAAACGGUUCUCGAUCAAAAAGCUACUUAGGGACCACAUCGAGGUACAUCAUUUGGACACACGGAUAUAUGAUUGUGCUAUUUGUCACAAAAUUUUCAAACGAAAACAUAAUCUACAAGGACAUUUAUUCAAGCACCAAGAUUUCGAAACGCGGAAAUGUGUGCUUUGCGAUGCCUCGUUCUCGGACGCGGAACUGUUGAAAAGCCACAUAAUUGAGGUACACGUGGGCUCCACUUACGAUACACCCGCAGUUACGGCUACAACAACGGAGAAAGACACUGUAAAAGUCGAGAUGAAUUGUAAAGUCAUAAUUUGUGAUCUACUGUAUCAUACAAACAGAAUCAAAAUGCUUCCACUGUGCCGGUUGUGCUUAGAAGUAUCGUCAGACGAUCACGGAUUGUUCAUAACACGUAUUGGCGAAACGCUGAUAAUUGAAUUGAUUUUGACCACUUUCGGUAUCCAGCUCGAUGAAUGUGACAGUCUACCGAAUAAUGUUUGUGAUCGCUGUAUAAAAAGUUUGGAACAUCUUAACAGUUUCCAUGAAGCGAUAAUCAAUAGCCAGACACAAUUGAAUCUUUGGAAGGAAAACGGCAUAUUGGAUGCCUCCUCUACGGAUGCACCUCGAAACCCCAGUGAUUAUAAUUUAACCCAGGAUGAGGAAGUCACCAAUGAUUGCACAGCAAAAGAUAUAGAACAACCUCGAGGAUCAAGUGAGCUGAAUGAUGAGAAUGAAACAGCAGACCCUGCGCUGGUUGAAAAAUCAACGAUCAAUGAAGACACACAAUCUGUUGGUGGCGUGCAGGACAGUGCAUGCGAUACCAAUGACAAUGAACAACAAUCUCAAUCAGCGGAUCAGGAUCGCACUAUUGAUAUCGUUAUCCAGGAGCCUUGCGUAUUCGUUAUAGAUUCGUCUGAUGAAAAUUGUUCACGUGACGAAACCACCAAACAAAAAGUAAACGACACCAGACGAGAAGGAAAAACAGACAGUUAUUCAUCUAUCCCUAACAAAUGUUACAUCUGCAAUGUUGUUUCCGAGAGCAGGAGUCUCUUCGAUGUUCAUAUAAUACGCCACGAGGACCUCCUGCCAUAUCAAUGCUUGCCAUGCAGUACAGCUUCCCAUCCGAUAAUGUUACAAACAGUAAAGACGCUCAAUAAGCACAUUGAAACCCAUGGGUUUCCCAACAAGUGUCCACAUUGCCCUCUUCGGUUUCGAAACAAAGAUUCGUAUGAUUAUCACGUGAAAGUUAUGCAUGUCAUGAUGAGGCGAGACAAAAAGUGUAAACUCUGUGGGAAAGAGUUUUCAGAUACACGUAAAUAUAGGUCUCAUAUGCGAGUCCACAGAGACCUGAUAGCAGAGCGAUACAAAUGUACGAAGUGUCAAACUGCAUUUCCGACGCUCCAAAAUAUGCAAAAACACGAAAUGACCCACACACAACCGGCGUAUGUGUGUCCUUUCUGCAGGCGGAGUUUCAGCAGUGAAUCCAGUUUCGAUAAACACAAAAUGACCCACAUGCGACGGCAAAAUAAUGGGGAAUAUGCCUAUUAUUGUUCGAAAUGUAAAAUUCACUUCCCCAAAGAGGAGGAUCUGCUGAAACAUGGGCCACAUGAACCCGAUCCGAAAUAUAUCAAUAAAACGAAUUAUCUGCCCGAAACGCUGAAAUUUGCCAUCACUUAUCCUCGGGGUUGCGAAGAAAGUGGUUGUACAUUCGUCGCUGAUACCAAAACAGAUAUGUGGUAUCACUACAGAUACCAACAUAGAGACAGAAGGAAUAAGCAGAGGGCUGCACUGAAGUGCACUGCUUGUCAGGCAACCUUCGCCUAUUCGGCACUGCUCUAUGAACACAUGCAACAGGAGCACCCCACGAUUCCCAACGCAGAUUCGACGACGGCAAUGACGAUACCAGAGAUAUCCGCCGAUAUGAAUGGCCUCGUUAGUUAUGGUACUUCGAACGGCACAGACGAAGAACAGAAAAUCAAGCCCGUAAGUAUAACCAAAAAGUACGCCUUCCCGAAAAGCCUCCAAGAUGUCGACAGCUAUCCGCGAAGUUGUCUUGAAACGAACUGUGAGUUUGUAGCAAAAACAUACAAGAGAAUGAUUGCUCAUUAUCAGCGUCACUUCAAGAUGUACAAGUGUCACCAGUGUGAGCAAAGGUUCCCAAGCGGAACUGAACUGAGGUCUCAUAUAAGAGUGAAACAUAAGGGAACGAAAAAGAAUACAUGUAGUAUUUGUGGAAAGUUUUUCCUAAAGAAAAGAAGCUUGAAGGAACAUGCGUUAGUACAUACGCCUGCUGAGCAGUACAAAUGCCGGUUCUGUGACAAAGUAUGCACUUCCUCAUCCGGCCGCAGGUGGCACAUAAAGCAUAAGCAUAAACUAGAGAAUUUGGGGAAUGAAGCUCUCUCGGCAGUCGAUUCGAAUAUGAUUAAAAAUGAUGCAAACAGCGAAAACGCUGCUAAACCUAACACAAAUAAUGCAGAAGCCAGCAACGAUAUUUCAAGUGAACAAAUUCUUAACGACAACGCUUCACGGCACAUACAAUUAGAAGCACUUGGUUUUGAGGAAGUGUUGCUUGUCGAGCCAUCAGAGAGCGCGUGGGAUGCUCCUCUUCAAACCGACGGUGUUGACAAAGGAGUGGAAUCUAUCCCAGAAAUGCUAGACGCAAGAGAUACUCCGAAUGAAAUUGAUUGGGAGCUGGUGAAUAAACAAUUAGAUCAGGAGCACCCCAGUAGCAACGUUACGGCUGACACGAUAAUAGUUGAGCGGCAUGCGAGUUUGGUGCAGCCGAAUGAGGCAUUUACCUAUAAUCCAGAAUCGUCCGACCCCCUGGAACAGGUUAAUGAAGCAUCCGAUAAGAAUGCAGGAUCCGAUACAAAAAAUGCUUCCGACAAGAGUUCUGUGGAUAAGAAUGUAGAGGCCCUCGAUGAAAAAUCGAUGACCGCGGAACUUCCGGUGAUCAAGACGGAGACUCUUCUAUCGGACGUUCGUGAAAACACCGUUGACCAUCGUGAAACCAGUCUCCCCGCCGUGGAUGAAGCAGAUUUUUCCGAGAACGCAAUCGGAAAUGAUGAAGCAAAUCUCCCCGGUGUGGCAAAUACUUCGAACGAAUCAUCCGUUCAUGAGAAAACAGACGGAAGCAUUGAAAUUAGCAUUUUAGCGAUACAUGCGAUUGAAGCGCUGUGCAUCGUCUUAAAAUAUGAUUUCCCAGUGCAUUUACGCAGAAGAAAAACGUAUCCACGACCAUGUGAGGAAUCUGGCUGUGUUUAUAUAGCUAAGGAUGUCCGACUUAUGCGACUCCAUCAUAAGAAGCACUGUAAAGCGUUCCAGUGUCGUGAGUGCGAGAUAAAGGUCCGGACGAUAGGUUCACUUAGAGAUCACAUAGAAAAGGUGCACUUGAAAACACGAAAAUUUGAACACUGCCAAAUCUGCGACAAAUCAUUGAAUUCCGUAUCCGGUUGGAGAUGCCAUAUGAAGAAGAUCCACAAGCGAGAGUUGGAGGAUUUAAAAAUUGAUACACUGAUGAAAGGCACUUCAUUGACGCACAGUGCGAACCAUGAGAUUGACGAUAUUACCAAAGAACAGAUCCAUAGUGGCGAUGAUUCCGUGAACAUAAAAUUAGAGGCACUCGAUGAGGAAUUAAUUGGUGGGGAAUUGCCAGCGAAUGAGAUGGAUCCCACUCAAGAUACUCAGGAGAAAAUUAAAACGAUGCUUACCUCCCUAUAUAAACACGAAUUUCCGAAGAGCUCGUACCCACGAGCAUGUGAAGAACUUGGUUGUACGUAUGUGGGCAAGAAUGCUAGACUAAUGCGUAGCCAUUAUCAAUAUCACAUCAAUCCGUUCCAAUGCCUUGAAUGCAACAGUGAGUUCCCGGAAGAAAGUCUACUCAGGGACCACAUGGAGGUGCAUCAUUUCAGCACACGGAUAUACGAUUGUACUAUUUGCCACAAAACCUAUAGAAGAAAACAUCCCUUCAAAGUUCAUUUACUCAACCAUCAAAGCACUGGGACGCGGAAAUGCGUGUUUUGCGGUGGCUCGUUUAGAAGCGCAAAACGAAUGAAAACACACAUCAUUGAAGUACACGUGAACGAGGAAUCCACUUCCGAUACACCCACUGCUAAGGCGACUAUAGCGGCAGAAGAAAACACUCCGGAAAUCGAGAUGCAUGAUUGAGUGCGACGUAAUAACGAUAACGUAGAUCAAAUAUCGAAAUCUAGGAUAACACAUUGAAUUGUCUCAAAGAAUGAAGUAAAACAUAGUUUUACAAGUUGUCAUCAAUGAGCACACAGAAAUGUUAAUUUAAUCAAUAACAAUAAAUUAAUAAGAAACAA